AUAUCUGGAGCGAAACCAAAUCACUAAAAUUGAUCCGAAUCGAAUAUCCCAUCUGAAGAAAUUGCACACCUUAGUUCUAAGUUAUAACAAGCUGAGAGAAUUACCUCCACGUAUGUUUCAGAAAUUAACGAAUCUAAAAACAAUAGUACUGAGGACUGAGAAAUGAGUAUUUCGCCUGCCGGGAAAUAUAAUCAAAAGAACAAUAUCCCGCUAAUGUUUACAAUUAGCCCACCAACCAGUUAGAGAAAUAUCGUUUGUAAAAGAAAGACAAAACUUUUCCUGCUUUAAUUUGCUAAAAGCAUAAACAAAUCGCAUGUGUAUUGUUUGAACUUAAGUUUUGAAUAAAGUAUACAGGAAAGUAUGUGUACGCGGAUAUAUUUGUCUAAGUUUCGUGACUGUUUACCUGAGAAAAAUCUUGAAUUCUUAAAAUAUAACUAAUUAUAUCAUCGUUGUGAAAUGAACAGAAUUUCUGCCUAUUCAUUACUC